UUCUAGAGAGGCUGAUAAUUUUACUGUCUCAUUGUCCCCCUUCCAGAAUGGGCUCUGCAUGGGCCCCCUGGGUGACAGCUCUGCUAGUGAAUCUGAUCAGGCUGAAUUUCUCCAUCACUCAAGACAGAGACUCUCCAGAAGAUUUUGUGAUUCAGGCAAAGGCUGACUGUUACUUCACCAAUGGGACAGAGAAGGUGCAGUUUGUGGUCAGAUUCAUCUUCAACUUGGAGGAGUAUGCACGUUUCGACAGUGACCUGGGCAUAUUUGUGGCACUGACAGAGCUGGGGCGGCCUGAUGCUGAGCACUGGAACAACCGCCCAGAUAUACUGGAGAGGAGCAGAGCCUCUGUGGAUUUGCUCUGUAGACAUAACUACUAUUUGGGGGCCCCCUUCACUGUAGGGAGAAAAGUACAACCAGAGGUGACAGUGUACCCAGAGAAGACCCCAUUCUUGCAUCAGCACAACCUGCUGCUCUGCUCUGUGACAGGCUUCUAUCCAGGGGACAUAAAGAUCAGGUGGUUCUGGAAUGGACAGGAGGAGAGAGCUGGGGUUAUGUCCACUGGUCUUCUUAGGAAUGGAGACUGGACCUUUCAGACCAUGGUGAUGCUGGAAGUGACUCCUUCACUUGGAGAUGUUUACAGCUGCCUUGUUGAGCACCCCAGUCUGUCGAGUCCUAUUUCUGUGGAGUGGAGAGCACAGUAUGAAUAUUCUUGGAAAAAGAUACUUGGUGGAGUUGCAGCCUUCCUAUUUGGGCUACUUUUCCUUCUGGUGGGGAUCGUCAUCCACCUCAGGGCUUGGAAAGGUCUCAAGAGGUGUUCUACCGAAGCCGUACUCAGGUCCUAAUCAAAGCUCUCCUGAAGCCUGAAGUUGUGUCAAGUGGCCUGGGCCAUGGUGAGGUAAAGGACAUUCUAGAGGUCGCCAUUUUGGGAAGGACUUUUUUCCUUGAUCCUGGAGUCCUGAAUGGAUUUUGGAGUUUUGUGCUGUGAGAGCACGCAUCUCCCUCCCUCUGUCCUUUCUUUUGCUUGUGUGCUUCAUUAGUUCCCAUUUCCAAAGACUCAAUCCAGAAAUUUCCUGAAUUCCUAAAUCUGUCUUUCAACUGCAGUCUCAACUGUCUUCAGCAGACAAAUGCUUAGUCACUGUUUCCAGUUACUAUUUUUUAAAAGAAAAUUAUUGCAAAAUAAAGUGGAGAUACAGAUAACCACACAAAAUGUAUGACUUAAUGGAUUAUUGAAGGCAGAACCCCUGUAGUCAUCACUCAGGUCAAGAAAUAGAACUUUGCCAGCCACUACAAAAGUUUCCAUGUGCCUCAGGACAAUCAAACCCCCUUCAUCCCAUUUACAGUAACUCCUUUCUCGUAGUUAUUUACAGCUUAUUUACCCAAGUGUGAUUCCUGCACACCACGCUUAGUUGUCUGUUAUGUCUCAUGGGUUUCACGGGUUUCUUCUCCAUCCCCUUCUUUUCAUUAUGAUUAAUUCAUGGA